AUGGGUGCUCUCAGAAGAAUCAAGACCAAGCGUCGCACAAGAGACUACGACCAGGUCCUCCGGGAUAUCGACUCGCCCCGUCACCUCGAGAUCUUCAAGGAGACCAAAGAUGCUGAGGAUUUGCCUGGUCUAGGCAAGCACUACUGCCUGGAGUGCGCCAAGUGGUUUGAGAGUGAUUACAACCUCAAGGCACACACCAAGGGCAAGAACCACAAGAAGAGACUCAAGAUCCUCAAGGAAGAGCCUCACAGCCAGGAACUCGCCGAACGUGCCAUUGGACUCGGUGUCCCGGACAACGGCAAACGAUCCAAGGAGAACCCCGACGCGAUGGAGGAUUAA